GUAAACUCGAUAGCAAUGUCUCCAGAUGAAUCAAUGGUCGUUAGUGGAAGUGCAGAUGGCAGGCUAUGGCUAUGGAACAUCAGGAAGGGCAGCGUGGUUGGUGACCCGUGGGAAGGGCAUAGCAGUCCGGUGAUGCGCAUUGAUUGGUCUCCCAAUGCCCAGGAGAUAGCAAGUGGAUCGCAAGACGGCACCAUACGGCUCUGGGACCCGGAUACUGGCCGACAAAUAGCACCACCUAUAGAGACUGGCCAAGGGAGGGUUUGGGCUGUCCAAUACUCUCCACAAGGGGACAAAUUGGCAAGCGGUGGGGAGGGCGAGAUGAUCUGCGUGUGGUCAAAGGACGGCGAGCUGCUUAUGAAGAUCAAGGGUCAUGACAGCGAUGUGAGGUCAUUGUGUUGGUCCAAGGAUGGCGCACACAUUUUCUCCGCAUCAGCCGAUCACACCAUCCGAAAAUGGCGGUCGAUUGAUGGGAAGGAGCUCGUUGUUUUUCAGGGUCAUGCCAAUCGUGUCCUCUCCCUCUGUCUUUCCCCUGAUGAAAACCAUCUUGUUAGCGCGGCAGGGGACUACUCAGUUCGCAUCUGGGACCUCAGGACCAAUCAGCCGGUCGGAGACCCGCUCUUGCAUGACGACGAAGUCCAAACUGUUGUCAUUUCCCCUAAUGGAAAGUCUAUCGUCAGUGGUGGAUUGGAUGGAAAGAUAUAUGUAUGGAGCCUGGAUGCAGCGCUCAAACAUGCAAGCGAUGAUCAUCCAGUGGGGAGGCCUUGGACUAGUGACGGAAGAGUAAUGUGCUCAAUGGCAAUCUCUCCAGAUGAGUCAAUGGUCGUUAGCGGAAGCGUAGCUGGCAGGUUACGGCUGUGGAACAUCAGCAAGGGCAGUGUGGUCGGUGACACAUGGGAGGGGCAUAAUUCUUCAAUUCUUUGCCUUGAUUGGUCUUCCAAUGCCCAGGAGAUCGCAAGUGGGUCGGAAAACGGCACCAUACGACGCUGGAACCCGGAUACUGGCCAACAAAUAGCACCACCAAUAGAGACUGGCCAUGGGAGUGUUUACGCUGUCAAAUACUCUCCACAAGGGAACAAAUUCACGAGCGGCGGAGAGGAUAAGGUGAUCCGCGUUUGGUCGAAGGACGGUGAGCUGCUCAUGGAGAUCAAGGGCCAUGAAGGUGGGGUAAUGUCGUUGUGUUGGUCCAAGGACGGCACGCACAUAUACUCCGCAUCAGGCGAUCACACCAUCCGAAAGUGGUGGUGGAUUGAUGGGAAAGAGCUCGUUAUUUUCCAGGGUCAUGACCGUACCAUCAACUCUCUCUGUCUUUCCCCUGAUGAAAGCUAUCUUGUUAGUGCGGCAAGGAACCGCUCGGUUCGCAUCUGGGACCUCGAGAAAAAUCAGCCGGUCGGAGACUCACUCUUGCACGACGACGAUGUGUUGGCUGUUGUCAUUUCCCCUGAUGGUAAAUUUAUCAUCAGUGGUGGAUCAGACACAAAGAUAUAUGUAUGGAACAUGGAUGCAGCACUUAAACAUACAGGUGAUGAUUGUGUGAGUGUGUUUAUUCAUUGUCAGUGUCUUUUCUAA